CCCAUUUUCUCAUUCCAUUCUUCUUCUUCUUCUCUCUCAUUCCUAAAUUCCUGACUGUGCCAACACAUGACAGAUUCCAGAUGGAGAGCCCCGAUUUCUCGCCGCCCCACGCCGACGCAUCCAGACCCUCCUUAGGCUUCCCCCUCGGCACUGCUCUGCUCCUCCUCGUAAUCUUCACCCUCAGCGGAAUCUUCUCCUGCUGCUACCACUGGGACAAACUCAGAUCCCUCCGCCGAUCCGCCUCCCAACAUCCCCACCUUCACCUCCCAUCAUCUCCCUCCAAAUCUAACCCUAAUUCCCUGGAUUUGGAGACAAAUCAAAGGGAUAGCCUAUCGGUGCUGAUGCCUGGAGACUCGAUCCCCAAGUUCAUAGCGAUGCCCUGCCCUCGGGAGCCGCCGCGGCCGGAGAUGAUCCAGGUCAAAGUCGAGAAGCCGCCGAAGCCUCCGCGCAUAGCGGUUCCUUUCUAUUAGCAGAUUCAGAUUCUGUUCACCAUUGAUCUGUGUACAUACUUGAUACUACGUAGCGUAGUAGAAAGAAAUCGAUUCUUUCCACUUUCCUUUCCUCUCUCUCAUCUUCCCUCGGGAAACCCAAUGCUUCGAAUUUCGAUAUGUAUUUCUCAACCAAUUUUACGUCACCGAAUGUCGUCUCUCUCUCGACGGUUACACACCCCAAAUUAAAAAAUAAAAUAAAAACAGAAAAAGUAUAUAAAUUUU